AGAGCAGCCCGUGAAUGGUAACCCCAAUUUUUUCUAGGAAAAGUAAUUAUAAUUAUUUCAGGAAUGGGAAUUCCGAUUUACCUUAUGAAUCGUAGACGGAUCAAAGUCAGUAUAUAUACCAGCAUUCUCUCUGUGCAACCGUAGCAGCUUUCCUUUGUUGUUUCUUCAUCCAUCUUACUUAUCAUUGUUUUUUGGUCACGAAAAUUGAUAGAGAUGGCUUAUAUUCCAAACUUUACGAGAAUCAAUACUGGAGUGUUUGAUUCUACCGAUGGUAGGUUGAAGAUGGUUUCUGGGGUCUGUUAUCUGCCAAGAAACUGUAAUCUGCCAAAAUCUAGUGAACAAGAUGCCUACUUUGUUUGCGAUGAGGAGGGAGCAAUCGGCGUGGCAGAUGGUGCAGAUCAUGCCGGAGAUUAUGCUAGAGAACUCAUGACUAGAUCUGUUUACGCAGUUCAAGAUGAGUUCCAAACCAAAGGAGGAGUUGUUAAUCUUCGAAAAGCCUUGAACAAGGCCUUCUCAAACACUAAGUCCAAAGGAUCAUCCACUGUUUGCAUGGUAACUCUCCAGGGGAGUCACAUACAUGGCAUCAAUGUCGGAAACAGCGGAUUUGAAAUUUUCAGAGAUAGUAAGUUUCAGUGCAGGUCUGCAAUACAAAGGCGAGGCGUCGAUGAUACAUUCCGCUUAGGGAACUCAUCAAUGUGUGAUAAACCAAAUUGCGCUCAACAGAUGAGGGUUACUGUGAAGGAUGGGGAUGUUGUGGUGGUAGGAACCGACGGCCUGUUUGAUAAUGUUGCUUCAAAGGAAAUCGAAGAUAUUCUGGAGAAAGAACCAACAAAAGACAACAGUCCUGAGCACUUAGCGAGGAAAAUUGCGGAGCUUGCCUUACACAAUUCGAUGGACAAGUCUAUUCUGACACCGUUCGCUGAGGCUUGUCAAGAAGCUGGCUAUAACUACGUGGGAGGGAAGGUCGAUGAUAUCACUGUUAUUGUUGGACUCAUCCAAAAGGCAGAUUGAGGAGGACUUUUGGAUGGAUUAGUAGUGACAGUUCUUUAGUUAUAUGUUAAGUCAAUAUAUGUCAGUUUACUCGGUCAUAAAUUAGCAAGACUAGUUGUUAAUGUUUAUUGCUUAGUUUCCAAUGGAUAUGUAAAGUAGACUAGUUAGCAAAGAUGCCAUGCCUCACUUCUUACAUGUUAACUUGCUUGCGUUUGUUUUGUACCCAUAUCCGAUUACGAUAUGGGGGUUCCAUAAUUCGUUUAGAAUUGGAGAGUCUAUUCA